CAAAGACGGUAUAUGUAACUCUAAAUCUUUCUUUGUAUUGAUUCGAUGAAAAAUCGUGACAUCAAUCCCAGUAACCCCGCGCUACCGGCGACGGAACGUCUUGGGAAAAGCUUCUUUGAACCAACAUGAACAAUUUGACGCGGCAUGACUUUUGAGUUGUAGCAUAAUUUUCCUUUAAAUUCUAGUCAUCGACAAAGAACCAAUCUAUCUCACUCAGCCCAGCGCCCAUAUCCCAACCUGGAAAUGUCGUCAACCCAACAAGAAUCCCCACCAAGCUCUCAACGCCCACUGACAAAACGAUCCGUCGUCUCCUGCUUCAUCUUCAAGACAGACCAGACCGACGGCCGGGCCCGCGUCGCCCUGUUCCGGCGCAGCGGCAAAGUCCGCACGUACCAGCACCUGCUGGCCCCCAUCUCGGGCUCGGUCGACAAGUCCGACGCGUCGCCGCUGGCCGCCGCCUGGCGCGAACUGCAGGAAGAAACGCAGCUCACCCAGGCGGACUUGGAGCUGCUGCGGCACGGCAAGGGCUACAAGUUCACGGACCUGUCGAUCGGGCGCGAGUGGACCAUCUACCCGUUCGCGUUCCGGCUGCUCCGCGACGAUGCCGCCGUGCGUCUGGACUGGGAGCACGACGAGUGGGGCUGGCACGAUCCGCUCCAGAUCGGGGAUGAUUUCUCCGACGGCGUGCCCCGGCUGGCCGAGAGUCUGCGCCGGGUCUGGUUCGAGAUGGAUAUCGGGGCUGCCGCUGCCCGUCUGCUGGACGCCGGGCUCGCGCGUCUCCAGACCGACCACCAGAUCGGGGCCCGGCAGCUGGCCGACUUUGCCUUGCGUUUGCUCAGGGAUGUGAUGCUGCAGAUUAGGUGCGAGGGGGUGGACUGCGAGAGGUGGUGGGCCAGUGUGUGCGCUGUCGCCUGGCACAUAUGGAAGAACGGCCGCGAGAGCAUGGGUGCUGCCAUCAUGGCAGUGCUCGUGCGAGCUCUAGAGGAGGUGGACGGGCGUCUACGGUCAGAAUCAACAGAAGAAAGUGUACAGGCUUGGCAAAAUCUAGCUGCCGAGGUGCUCGAAAAGGCCGUUAAACUAAGGGAGGGCCACACUUCGGGGGCCGUUGUGGCGGAGGCUUUUGCGAGCUAUCUUGGGAAGCACUUUGGGCCCAGACUCCAAACCCGCCAACCCAUCACGGUCCUGACCCUAUCAGAAAGCUCAACUAUAGCGCUAGCACUGCAGCAUGUGGUUGCAAAUACCGGGUUCGCAUUGGACCUGCGCAUCCUCGAAUCGAGACCGCUAUUUGAGGGAGUUUCGCUAGCCGCAUCCCUGACCGACAAGAUGCUGAUCAGCCAAGCGGCACUUGGAGGAGCAGGGACAGAAAAAGAAACAAAAGAGUCAGAGGAAGCACAUGUCUCGGGAUCAGCAAAAAUCGACAAUCACGGUGGUGGUGGUGGUGGUGGCACAGAAACGACGACAGAGACCCCGGAUUCGUGGCGCCGAUGGGACGGUUCACCUAAACUUAGCAUCACGCUAUACUCGGACGCAGCCGCGGCGCUAGCCGCAGCCCAAGGGGUCGAUUUGGUCGUCAUUGGGGCGGAUCGAAUCUCGGCUUCGGGGGCUGUGAGCAACAAGACGGGAUCCCUGCCGGCUAUUUUGAGCGCGAGGCACGUGGCCGGCCAGCGAGGAGGCCAUCAGGAGGUCCGCGUCGUGGUCGUAAGCGAGUCGGACAAGAUCGCACCGCCCGACGACCCCAGCGAGCACGUGGUGGAGGACAAUGGCGGGGAGCAGCUUCGUAGGGCUUGGGCUGCCGACUUCAACAGUGAAAGAGUCAAGGGUGCGGCCGAGCAACUGUCUCGGUUUGCUGUUGACGGUGCCGUCAAUGGGAUCAAAGUUUCUGUGAGCAACAUUUUCUUCGAGUGGGUGCCACCCGAGCUGAUAGACUCGUACAUAUCCGAGCGGGGGGUGCUCUGCGUUGAGGAGAUUGUAGACACAUCUAUGGCUCUCUGGGAAUCGAUUGAUAGAAUUUUUGGUGGCUUGUAGAGUUGCGCGCCUUGAUGAUAACCUGGUUGGUGGACAAGACGCUGUUGAGCCGCACACAUGCACAGAAUUCAAUCAUGGCUAUUAAUAAGUUGGGCAUCCAAACCGGCGGUAUUGUAGACGAGGACGAAUGGGAAGCAUUUGCGCAUGGCCAGCUGCCGACCCAAGGUUAGUGUAUCGAGAGACUUGUGAUGCGACAUGGGGGCGCAGCAGACUUGCUGACACUCUUUGUUCGCUUCUCUGUGGACGUCUCCUCGGU